AUCGCGUUCGGACAGGAAUAGUGAUUCAAGGAAUAAUAGAAAUGAUAUGGGUAGUUCUCCGAUAAGGCCGGUAUAUAAUGGAAGUCAGGUUAGCCUGCGGAGUAUUUAUGAUCAAGAAAAAGAGGAAAAUGUGGAACAAAAAGGCUCAAGAAGAAAUUCUAGGAUAGACUCGAGUUUUGGACCUCAAAGGGAACCAGAAGUGAGAUAUGUAUCCCGAGGAUGUUCUCCCAUAGAUUUUGAUGAGAUGAAUGACAGUGACAAUGAUUCACCAAAAAGAAGAAAAUCUACUGACACAUCGUACUAUCGAGAUAAAAGUGAUGACUAUGGAGCACCCCCGAAAGGUCGAGAACUACCCAGCACGCCGCCAGCAGAGCGGAACGGAGGCUUCUCUAGACAAUCAGAGCGGAAUAGGAGCUUUUCUAGGCAAUCAGAGGAGAAUAACAGUCCUAAUAAUGACUAUGGAGAUGAAAAUGAGAUACCCACAGGCCGUGAAAUUCAAAACACCCCGCCGUCAGAGCGAAAUUCACGGCGCUUCUUCAAAGAUGUGGAAGAUCCUAAAAAUGAGGACCAAGACCGUAAGUCCACAUCAGGAAGUCAGGGCACAUCAACAGCUGAAAGCAGUAGUAGUAAGAGGUGGGGAGGGAAGGCGGAUAAGAAAGAUUAUGAGAGCUCAAGUUUACCAGAUAGUGUACAAGGAUCUGGUAAAUACAGCAGAUAUCUUCAAGAGGAGAAAAAGACGAAACGAUCGUCAAGGUCUAGUUCCCAGAACCAGCUGUCUAAACCAUCGGAGGAAAAUGCUCUAAUGCGUCGUAAGUCAUAUGAUGCAAGUGUCAGGUAAAUAAAUUUAAGUUUU